CCCCUUAUAUUUCUUGUACAAGCACUCCACCUCAACUAAGCUAGCUACUACAAGUCCUAAUACUUUUGCUACCUAUAGCUAGCUAGCUUCCGGUCAGAAGAAGCUAAGGAGAAUUAGAAGCUAUGUCUACCUAGCUUGGAGGAAGAAGAAGAAGAGGAGGAGGGAUUGCGGCGCGAUCGAUCGACACGCGUCGUCUACCGAUAAAUUCCUCGCAAAAUCAAUCGAUAUCAUAUCGAUCGAGUCUAGAGGUGAUGAGAUCAGAUGUGAAGUACUUGAGGAGCUGAUUUGGUGAUAGGAUCGAUUUAAUUGCUAGCUGAGGUGAUCAUCAUCAAGGAGAAGAAAGAGAUAGUUUAUUUGCUACUGGGGAUCAGUGUGUUUGCAUGGGGGAUAGGCCAUGGCAGCAGCAGCUGCAGCCACAUGAUCAGCAGGCGGCUUCUUGCUCAGUCACGGCCGGGAUGAUGAUGCAAGCUUCUGCGACCUCCUCCUCCAUCCAUGGCAACAACAUCAUCAGAAAGGAUCCUGGGGGAGGAUACGACAUGGCAGAAUUGGAUCACAUCUUCCUCUACCUCAACAGCCAGGAUCAAGCAUCAGCAGCAAUUCAAGAACAACCUCAAACCCUCAACAUCUUCCCUUCACAGCCAAUGCACGCCGGCGAGCCUUCUCCCAAGGGAUCAUCAUCCAUGGCGGCUAUCAACUCGGCGCCGUCCAAUAACGCCCUCGCCAUCGCCGCCGGCUCUUCCAAGCGGCCGCCGGCGGCGGCGGCGGCCGGCGGCCAGCCGUCGAGGCUGAAUAAUCCGGCCGAUCAGCCGUCGGCCUCCGGGAAGGACGGCAAGGCUGCCGUCGUCAAGAAAGAAGGCGGCGGCGGCGGCGGGAAGCAUCACGGCGGCGCAUCGUCGGCGGCGGCGUCGGAGCACGAGGGCCCCAAGACGCCGGACGCCAAGACGCUGCGGAGGCUUGCACAGAACAGGGAGGCAGCCAGGAAAAGCAGGCUAAGGAAGAAGGCUUACAUUCAAAAUCUGGAGACAAGCAGGAUCAGACUGUCCCAGCUGGAACAGGAGUUGGUGCAAAGAUCAAGAACUCAGGGUGCAAUUUUGGGUGGUGGAGCUUUUUCUGCCGGCAUUGGAGGACAAAGCCCAGAGGCGGCGUGGUUCGACGGCGAGUACGCGCGGUGGGUGGAGAGCCACGAGAGGAUGAUGGCUCACAUGCGGGCGGCGGUGGAGGAGCAGCCGCAGCACGGCGGCGUGGCGGCGGCGGCGGCGGAGGCGCAGCUACGGCAGCUGGUGGACGCGGCGGUGGCGCACCACGGCGUGCUGGUGGAGCUCAAGGCCGCCGUGGCCAGCGCCGACGUCUUCCACCUCGUCUCCGGGACGUGGCUGCCCGCCGCCGAGCGCUGCUUCCUCUGGAUUGGUGGCUUCCGCCCAUCCGAGCUCAUCAAGAUGAUGGCGCGGCACGCGGAGCCAUUGACGGAGCAACAGGCGGCGGGUGUGUACGGUGUGCAGCAGUCGGCGAGGGAGAGGGAGGAGGCACUUGACCGCGACCUCCACGCCACCCACCACGCCCUCUCCGAUGCCGUCUCCUCGGACUCACUCCUGCUCUUCCCUCCCGGCACCGGUGCCACCGCAUACUCCGACGUCGCCAUGGCUCACCUCUCCCUUGCCAUCUCCAAUCUCUCCUCCCUCGAAGCCUUCGUCAGGCAGGCGGACGCGCUGAGGCUGCAGACGCUGUACAAGCUGCCGCAGAUACUGACGGCGAGGCAGUCGGCGCGGUGCUUCCUCGCCAUCGCCGACCACUCCCACCGCCUCCGCGCCCUCACCUCCCUCUGGCUCUCGCGCCCGCGCCACCCCGACCAACCCGCCCCUCCUCCGCCUCCGCCAUCCAUCAACCCUAGAAAUUAGACCACAUCCAUCCACUGGCCCUGGAGAUCCAAUGGCCCAGCAUCUACACUGCUACACCACUGCAGUUUUACAUACAGACAGACAGACAGGAACAGAUUAGUUUCAAAAGUUUCAGAAUACUACAGUGCAUAGAGAGAUGAUCAAUCGAUCAGGCCUUAAUUUGCUUCUUUGACAAGAUCAGAUGAUUUCAUUUUUAAAUUAGGAGGGUAGCAGCAUGCUGUAAUUGUGCAUAUAAUGUAUAAGAAACAGAAACUAAGCUGUAUACUAGUAGCUGCUGAUGAUAAUUACUAGUCAGUAUGAAAAUAAGUGCUGAGAUUGAUGAUGACACUGUAA